UAUUGCUCUGUUUCUGUUGUCAAUGACGAUAUAUCUGGGCUUUUUGUUGUUGUGGUGGUGGUGGUGAAAUAUUUUAUUUAAGCCUCUAGUUAAUAUUUAUGCUUACUUAACAGAAAAUUUGUUGCUUGAGCUUGCUUCAUUUCGUCCUUUUACUUGUUUAAGUCCUCCAAAAAGUAUUCAUUACUUUAAUAAAUUCCCUCACCAGCAUCAUCACCUCUUAGUCAACAAACUGUUUUUUCCCAAAUGCAAAAAAGGAAAAAAAAAAAGAUAAAGACAAUCAAGAACAACCAUCAACAACAUGAAAAAAAAGAGAAGAAAAAGAUAGCUACUGAAAAACAUUACUACCCAUUUUCAUUAUCAUAAUCCUCUACUAUGCUUUUCCACCUUCUAACCCAUUUUUCCAUUGCAGGAUUUAUUGGAGUUGAGGAGUCCCACAAUCUUUAUGUUCUGUUUGUUUCUCCAUCACUUUUUCAAGGCUGUUCAAUUGGAGUUCCAUCUUCAGAUGGACGUCGUAUUCUUGGCCUCGGUGACCUUCGAGUUCAGGGAAUAGGAAUACCUAGAUUGGAGGGAGAAGAGUAUCUAUCAAUUGUUGAUGAUUUUAUGGAAGUCGUGCAUACAUGUUGGCCUAAAGCUAUUGUUCAGUUUGAGGAUUUCAAAUGAAAUGGGCUUUUGAAACAUUACAAUGUUAUCGUAAGAGGUUCUGCAUGUUCAACGAUGACAUACAAGUGAGUAGUUGAUGAUGUAUUCAUGCA